AUGAAAGCAAUUUUAAUUGCUAUUUUCUCCUAUUCAGCUCUGGCAACUCCAGACUGCUAUGAUUUUUCAGUAACUAAAAUUAUAAGAGACUACAUGGAAAUUGUGCCUAUGUUCCUCUACUACAAUUAAGUUGAUUGGAUCGUUAUUCAGGGUGGUGCCAGUUGUGGCUUUUAUACUUAUGGAGAUGUCUUUUAUAAAUCAUAUUCAGAUAAACUUCAAGGCGUAUACUUUAGGUUUUAUAAGGGUAAUGAUCUAUAAUGCAACCUAAAUAACAAUAUUGUUACCUUUAAAAAUGAAUCUUGGAUUUACAGCAACUCUAUUCCUGCUAAUCAAGAACUAUGUGGUUACUAUGUAGGAGUUGCCAAUAGCGGAACUGAACCAGCUAAAUUCACCAUCAUAAGAACGAGUGCUAUUCUCCUUAAAAUGUCUGUCUCAAUUAUCGCUGCAGUAUCAGCCAUAAUUUUACUUAACUGA